AUGUACUGGCUCAAGCGGCCUUACCAGUGCGAGGCGGGCGGGGGCGCUCCGGGCCGCCGCGCCGCGGCCCCCCAGGAGUGGAACCUCUCCUACGCCCUAGAACCGGGCGAAGAGGACGAAGACGAGGACGACGACGAAGGGGAGGGGGCCGGAGGCGACGGCGGCGCCAGGAGGGGCGCCCGCCGCCCCCAGGAGGAGGCACAGGACUCGGACUUAUCUUCCCUCUCGGACACAGACCACCUCUCAGAGCCUGAGCCCGCCCCAGGCCCGGCCCCCAGGGACCAGGGCGGCCCAGGCUACGGCCCGCCCCCGCCUAAGGAAGCGGGCGGGUGUCCCCAGCUGCUCAAGCCUCCUUCAGCCCCUCCCCAGGGAGUCCUCCGCGGACCCGGGACAGGGGUGCUCAUGGGGCGAUUCAGAGAGUGGCCUCCCUCUGCAGUACCCCCCACACAUACUGGCUCAGAUACUCCCACCCCUGGAGAAGGAGGUGUGGAGGGGACAACUGUGCAACCCGAUCCUGGGCGCAAAAUGGGCACCAGGAGGAAGAAAAAAGGAACAGCAAGGCACUGGGUCCCCGAAGACAGCCCCGGUGUCCUGCGGGGCAUUCAAGGCAACUGGCGGGGGCCACCUUUCCAGUGCCCCCCGGGAGAUGGUCUGAAAAAUAACACUGGCUUCUUGGCUGCCAGCCAGGGGAGGGCAUCCCAAACACCAGGUCCCAAGCAACUUCCUGAAAGUCAUGGGGGGUAUUGUACCUCUGAGGAGGGUGAGAUCAAUAUCACCAGCGAUGAGGAAGACCAGAAGAAGCAGACUUUUCCCAACCCCUAUAGUCGCUGGGAGGUUGCCCCAAAAGGUGGUGGCCUGGCCGACAAGGAGAAUGGGAGCAGCAAUAAUACAGUGUCCCGAGACCCCUGGGCUCCUGGCCCAGACAACACCUGCUGCUACAUCUGUGGCAACCUUCUAACCCUGGCCUCUCAGCACCAGAUUCAUGUUCAGAAGCAGGAGAAGACUUCCCAGGCCCCUUUCUUUCCUUUCCUGUGGCUGCAUACCCCACCCCCUGGGGCCCUGCCCAUCAGCCCUGGGGGCAGCACCCUGGUGUGCUCCUGCUGCUUCUCUUCCCUCAUGCAACAGUGGCAAAGCUUUGAACUGGCCAAUGUACCGGUCCUGCAGAGGCUUUAUGUGGUGCCUCUGAACCCAGGGAUGCCUUCCAAAGGGAUGAGGCCCCUGAAGGAAGAGGGAGCUCCUGCUGGCCCUCAGAAGGAGGCCUGCUACCUCUGUGGAGAGGACUGUGCCCGGGAUUCCCGGACAGUGCCCACCAGAAUCAUCAACGGUAGUGCCAAGAACACCAUGCAUUUCCCUUUUGUGAAUCUCCUGCCUUGUCCACCCAAUGCUAAAGGACUUAACAGGCACUGGGAAGUCCACAGCUGCCCCAAGUGCUAUGGGGUCCUGGAAGACAUUUGGUCCAUGUAUAGGGCCUGCCAGAAUGAGGAGCUCAUAAACUCAGUGCAGAGUUUCCUGGGGAGAUACCAUCAGGUGUUUUCAGCCACUGAUUCAGGGGGUUUAGCAGUACAUCCCUCAGUGAAAGGGGGCCCUUUGUCCGUGUGCUAUAUCUGUGGAGCUGAGCUGGGGCCUGGGAAGGAGUUUCAGCUCAAUGUGAACCCUCCAAGUCGCUUUGGGGAGAAGGAACCUUUCUUCCCAUUCCUUACAGUCUAUCCUCCGGCCCCCCGGGCCAGACCCGCUGACUCCACGGGGCUGGUGGCCACCUGUGUGCUCUGCUACCAUGACCUGCUAGGACAGUGGCUUCAGCAUGAAGGGAGAAGCUCCCAGCACCCCAUCAGUGCCUGGUCCCGUCAAUACAAAGUGGAGACCUUCGUGUGCUUCUUCUGCCAGCAGGAGAAGAAGCGAUGCCUUGGAUUAAAAGCUGUGCGGGUGGCCCGGCUGCCCAUGUUCCUCUACACCCUGAGAGCUGGGCACAGCUUGCUCGUGGAUGAUGGCAAGCAGCUGAUUAUCGGGGCUUGUAUGGAGUGUGGCACCGUGGUGUUUGCUGGCAAAGCUCUGACCCACCCGGGAGUGCUGGUCAGGGCCUCCCCGGCUACUACACAGAAGGUUUCUUCCUCUUCCCUUGAGACGUCGAUUGCUACAAAGCCCCCUGUCAAGGACAUAGACGUGUGCCCAGGGGCGCCAGACAUCCUGGACAGAAGCAACAGGACAUCACAGGAGGCCAUCUCCAGCUCUGACCAAUGCCGGCUGAGUGGGAUGGAUACAGACAGCGCCGACCUGGGAGGCAUAAGCAUGAGCCAUGAGCCAAAGUCCCCUUCACUAGGAAUGCUUUCAACAGCGACUCGGACCACUGCUACCGUCAGCCCCCUGACUCCUUCUCCUCUCAAUGGCUCCCUUGUACCCAAUGGCAGCCCUGCAGCCACCAGCAACCUGUCAGUGCAAGCAGCGCCCUCUUCCAGCUUCGCCGCCGCCCUGCGCAAACUCGCAAAGCAGGCAGAGGAACCUCGAGGGUCUUCAAUAAGCAGUGAGUCUUCCCCAGUCUCUUCCCCGGCAACCAACCACAGCUCUCCUGCUAGCACACCCAAGCGAGUGCCCAUGGGCCCCAUCAUUGUCCCCCCGGGGGGCCACAGCGUCCCCAGCACGCCCCCAGUGGUCACCAUCGCGCCAACGAAAACCGUCAACGGUGUCUGGAGAAGUGAGAGCCGACAGCAAGAAGCAGGAUGUAGAAGUGGCAGCAGCAGAGACCGGUUGAUCGUGGAGCCGCCCCUGGCUCAGGAGAAGGCAGCGGGGCCGGCCAUCCCAUCCCACCUCCUGAGCUCUCCUUACCCCUUCAGCAUCCCCCCCAGCUCUGUCGUUCAGGACUCCCGCUUCCCACCGCUGAACAGCCUCCAGCGCCCUGUACAUCAUGUGGUCCCCCCCAGCACCGUCACCGAGGACUAUCUGCGGAGCUUCCGACCUUACCACACGACAGAAGACCUCCGCAUGUCCUCGCUGCCGCCCAUCAGCCUCGAUCCAGCCACUGCCGCUGCCUAUUACCACCCCAGCUACCUAGCCCCUCAUCCCUUCCCACACCCCGCCUUCAGGGUGGAUGAUUCCUACUGCCUUUCAGCCCUGCGGUCCCCCUUCUACCCGAUCCCAACCCCCGGUUCGUUGCCUCCUUUACACCCAUCAGCUAUGCACCUCCACCUGUCAGGGGUUAGGUACCCUGCGGAGCUCUCUCACUCAUCCCUCUCAGCACUGCAGACAGAGCGGAUGUCAAGUCUCACUGCAGAGAGAUUACAGAUGGAUGAAGAGCUGAGACGGGAGAGGGAACGGGAGAGAGAACGAGAGAGGGAACGGGAAAAGGAGCGAGAAAGGGAAGCUGAUCGGGAGAGAGAAAAGGAGCGGGAAAGGGAGAGAGAAAGGGAAAAAGAACUGGAAAGAGAGCGGGAAAAGGAAAGGGAGCGGGAAAGAGAAAAGGAACUAGAGAGACAACGUGAGCGAGCCCGAGAGAAGGAGCUGAUGGUCAAGACCAUGGAGAAUCAGUUCCUGCCAGUGUCCGAGCUGCAUGGGCUACGCGUCCUUCCAGGAGAGGAUCGGGUGAAACCUCCAGAGCAACUCACACCAAACAGACCAGAGAAACUCAAGGAGCCUGCCCUGCAGACCCCCAAGGCCGUCCAGCACCCCUUGCACCCGACCCCCGCCUCCCAUCACCCAGUGCCCAGCCUCAUCUCCAACCAUAGCAUCUUCCCCCUUCCCGGGAGCAGUGCAGCCACAGCCCUGCUGAUCCAGCGCACGAAUGAGGAAGAGAAGUGGCUGGCUCGCCAAAGGAGACUUCGGCAAGAGAAGGAAGACCGGCAGUCCCAGGUGUCGGAGUUCCGACAGCAGGUCUUGGAGCAGCAUCUUGACAUUAGCCGCCCCCCGGCUCCAACAGAGCCCGAACAUAGGCCUGAGAACCCCAGACCGGGACCAAAUCGUCAUGAGCCAAGCAGCCGAGACCAGCCACAGCACUUUGGAGGGCCCCCGCCCCUCAUCUCCCCCAAACCUCAGCACCAUCCCAUGCCAACCUCACUCUGGAAUCCAGUAACCUUGAUGGAAAACGCCCUGGAACCACGAAGGGUACAAGAAAACCAUUCUCUCCAUACCCACCCAGCUCCGUUUGAGCCCAGCCGACAAGCCAUCCCCUUGGUUAAGGUGGAACGAGUUUUCUGCCCUGAGAAGCUUGAAGAGGGGACUAGGAAGAGGGAGGCAAGCCUGGACAAAUACCAACCACUCAGGGAGCCUGGGCCAUUGGAACCCAGUGGGUAUGCUCACGGGCCCUUCUUGGCUGAACUGGAGAAGUCCACUCAGACCAUCCUCAGCCAGCAGAGAGCAACUCUCCCCCAGCCUGGACAGUUCCCUGAUGUGAGCGUGCCUCCAAAGCCCAGCUCUCCAUAUCGGCCCCAGCUCCCCAGAGGGCCUGACCCCACGUAUGUUUACGACGAGUUCUUACAACAGCAUCGGAAGCUGGUCAGCAAACUGGACCUGGAGGAGCGCAGGCGGCGGGAAGCCCAAGAGAAAGGCUACUACUAUGACCUUGAUGACUCUUAUGAUGAGAGUGAUGAAGAAGAAGUCCGAGCCCACCUUAGAUGUGUUGCUGAGCAGCCGCCCCUCAAGCUAGACACGUCGUCUGAGAAGCUAGAGUUCCUGCAGCUCUUUGGCCUGACCACCCGCCAGCAGAAGGAAGAGUUACUGACGCAGAAGAGGAGGAAGAGGCGUCGGAUGCUGAGGGAGCGAAGCCCAUCACCCCCUGCGGUUCAGAACAAGCGACAGACCCCAUCCCCCAGGCUCGCCCUCUCCACUCGCUACAGUCCCGAUGAGAUGAACAACAGCCCCAACUUUGAGGAGAAGAAGAGGUUCCUGACCAUCUUCCACCUGACCCACAUCAGUGCUGAGAAGAGAAGAGACAAAGAGAAACUUGUUGAAAUGCUCCAUGCCAUGAAACAGAAGACAAUGUCAGCAGCAGUGACAGACUCAGUGAAAAACGCUACGAGGGACAGUCCCAUUAUCUCCCUGAGCGAGCCGCCGCUGCAGCAAGUCCCUGCAGAUGCAGAUAAACCCAUCAGUACUGCAGCCUCCUUAUCUGACGCCGCGAAGCCUGCAGAGCCUGGAAGACUUGAACAGCUCAGACCCCAGGAGCUCCAGAGAGUUGGGGAUCCAGCCUCAGAGAAGGCCAGAAUGAGUGAUGCCCAUGGUGGGAAGAAGAACUUAAGCAUGCUCCAUUAUGUCCGGGGCUCCUUGUCCAAGGACAUCCCCAUCCCAUUGUCUCACAGCGUGAAUGGGAAAAACAAGCCCUGGGAGGCCUUCAUGGCAGAAGAGUUUGCACACCAGUUUCAUGAGUCCGUGCUUCAAUCCACCCAGAAGGCCUUGCAGAAGCAUAAAGGAAGUACAGCCUUGCUCUCUGCCGAGCAGAACCAUAAAGUUGACACCUCCGUCCACUAUAACAUUCCUGAGUUACAGUCCUCCAGCCGGAUAUCGAUGCCUCAGCACAAUGGGCAGCAGGAGCCCUCAUCUGUGCGGAAGGGCCCCAUUUCCCAGGAGCUGGACAGAGACUCGGAGGAGGAAGACAUAGAUGAAGAUGAAGAAGAAGAAGAAGAAACUCCCAGACCCAGGUGGCAAGGGAUUGAGGCAAUUUUUGAAGCUUACCAGGAACAUAUAGAAGAACAAAACCUGGAACGGCACGUGUUGCAGACCCAGUGCAGACGGCUGGAAGCCCAGCACUAUACCCUCAGUCUGACAGCAGAGCAGCUCUCACACAGCAUGGCGGAAUUAAGGAGUCAGAAACAGAAGAUUGUUUCAGAAAGGGAGCGACUUCAGGCAGAACUGGAUCACUUACGAAAGUGCCUUGCGUUGCCUGCAAUGCAGUGGUCUAGGGGUUACUUCAAGGGAUAUCCCAGGUGACGUUCCCUUGCACUAGGCCGAACAUAGAGUAUAGAAAUAUUAUCUAUUUUAUUACCUUGAAUAUUUAAUAUUUUUCACUGGGAGGUUUGAAGCUUAAAAAAAAAAAGAAAAAAGAAAAAGAAUUUGAGAAUGUGCCAUGCAUGAAGCAAAGGAUUCUGGGAUCCAGGAAAAAACUUAAAUCUUGACUUCAAUGCAAUCGAAUCACCUUUGUAAUUCUGCAAGCAACCCAAUUAGGAGGCCCAUAGCUUUUGUUUUCUUUUCAAGUUGGUUUUGUUCUUUAUGCCCCCCCUUUAUUGUUUUGGCUUUUAUAUAUACAUAUAUAUAUAUAUAUAUAUAUAUAUAUAUAAGAUGAAGAUGAAGGUUUCAUUACCAACACUAAGACCCAUUCAGUGUCCCAGGAGUGCAGAUCUGCACUUGACUGGAUCAAACCAAUUCUGUAUUCUUUCUGUUGCCAUAUUAGUACUAAAAGAACUGAAUUUCUGCUCAGUAAAGAUGGAGUUGGCCUCCAUCUACCCCACAAGUAUAUGGCUUUCUUCAGUUGGAGAGGAGAUUGGGUGCAUUGUAAGUGACAGGAUUGUUCAUUUCAAUUACUCAAGUAAUUAUCUUCAGAGCAUCAUGUCCUGGGAGCAAACAAAGCCACAGUACUUGAGACUUUCCCUAAGGCUUUCCCACUGGAAAUGCACUUAUCUAAAAAUAAAAUGAAUAAACAAAUGGAGGGUACCUUUUUAUUAUGGGGUGGGGUGGAGGGGGGGGUGUUAUUGUACAGAACUAUACAGAUAUACACACACACACAGACACACACACACACACACAGACCCACAACAUUGUGUUACUGCAGUGGGUUAUGUUUUCAUACAUACACAAAUUUUGAGAGAAAAAAAGUCAAAAAGGUGCUUCGGCCUUGUACUGUGUAUAUAUAUUAAAAAAAAAAACAAAGUUUUGUAUGUUUUUAUUACUUUAAUUAUUGUUAUAAAAAGCCUGCCAUUUUUAAUAUGUGGUUUUGGGGGGGUUGGUUUGGGGGUUGGUUUCCUGUUUUGGGUUUGUUUUUUUUUUGUUGGUUUUUUUUUUCUGUUUUUGUUUUCGUUUUUUGUUUUUGGCAAAAAAAAAAAAAACCUUGCUUUUAGUGUUUGUACCGCUGCUGGUCAGAACAUUAAAAUAUUGAAGCAUUUUACAGAAUUUUUUAAGACGCAAAGUAAAAGCUUUCCACUGGCGCAUAUGCUGUCAAUUCAUUUUCAACUUGUGUUGUACCAGAGAAUUCUUUAAAAAGCCAUGCAUCACUUCUAACCUCCCUCCUUCCCUUCCUCUGUUCUUUCUGUUGUUGUUGUUGUUGUUGUUAUAUUUUUUUUCCAGCACUUGGAAAGUAAAUUGCAAAUAUGACCAGCUGCUAUUGAGUGAGGAGGGGAUAGUCUGUGUUGGGAACAAGAUUAAAAAUUACUUUCUGUGUGUUUUGUGUGAGUGCGCGCGCGUGUGUGUGUGUGUGUGUGUGUGUGUGUGUUGUGUGUGUUUUCUUUUCAGAGACCUUUUCAGGAAGUAAAUGUUCUGUGAUCUAAAUCUAUGAUGUCUUACAGCAAUCUGAGCAGGUGCAAAGUAGGAAACUUUAGCAGCUUCACUUAGAUGCAAAGUUUUAAAAGCUUUCGAAGAGCCUAAACGUAGAGGUAACAUAAUGUCUGAGCUGAACUCCUCUUCCUUUUUAAUGGAUAUGGCAAGCGCAGGAGAGGCUAGAAACUGUACAGAAUGAGAGAGGGGAUUCUUCUAUCUUGCCUUAGCCUUGAUCCAUCUCUGCGUUGUUUGGGUAGAUUCGCUGUGGAUGGGGAAAUCGGGUCAGAAAGAGGGGUCCCAUUCCCAGAGAAAAGAAUGUUUUGGGGAUGGAUAGCAGAAGACGGGAGUGGUUAUGUUGAUUUGUGAUGUUUAAACUUUCCCAGUUAGCUAGUGAGCAGUUGAGUUGCUUGGAAUGUUGCUCUUCCACUGGUAAAAGGUGUCCCGAUCUUUUCUCGGUAUAUAUACAGCUUUCUAGCAGAUGGCAUUAACGUGGUUUUAUCUGUUCCUACACAGUCUGUUUUGUAUGUUUGCCAGGAAUCUUCCAGUUAUUAGCAAACUCAGACAAAAAGGGCCGCCAGUAUUAUCAGCAGUCAACAAGCACCUUCCUUUCCAGAGAUGUUACUUGAAGAGAGAUGAAAGGCUGUACUUGUAUACCUCCUCCCCUCAAAAGACAUUGUGAAAUUUGCCGUGUACUCUGUAGGUGGAGCUUGGAGGUAAAGGAGCUAAUUUGCCAAAGACGAGGGCAAAAAGUAUCAAUGUACUUCCCAGAACAAAAUCUGCUUGCUGUAUCUAGUCUGGAAUUUCUGAGGGAGGGGCCUUUUCUGCUGCUGGCUCUGCUCCAGAGCCCUUUUCCACAGUCCAUGGAAUAACUUGGCCUCUUUUUUUGUUGUUAACUUUUGGGCUAGCCAUAGCCUUGGCUAGAGGAAACUGGGCAAAGGAAGGUUUGCCAGCUCAUAGGCCUGUGACAUCAUGGAAGAGGGAAAGGACAGCAAAGGACUUCAAGGAAUGGGGCUAGCCUGGAACACGCUUAAUUUUAGUUUAUCUGGCCACCACCUCCAGGCUUUGAGGAAUAUCUUGUCAGCUCUUGCCUUGAAUGGACUCUCACUCUGGCCAUCCUGGUAUAACAGCAGGCAAGAGAUGGCAUGGUUUCCAAAGGUACCUGUUGAUUAAUAGAUGCCAAGGGGUUGAGACUAUCUACUAUCAAGAAAGCUUUGACUUCCCUUGUUUCUGAUUGGCAUUUGAGUCUCAGCUUGAUGUCUGAGCUUUCAGUGCUCAUUUCCUUAUGCAGAUCUCUGAAUACUCUUCCUCUAAAACAAAAUCGAAACCUAUAGUACAGCAAUGACCAUUAGGAUGAGGAACUAUUGAAAUAAAAAACACAUUACUAAAAUGUGUAAAUACCCUGGUGGGUUUUCCCCCUUGUCAUGUUUAGAACAGCCCUGAUGCAGAAAUAAUUUGCAAUUAUUUUCAUACACCUCCAUUCUGAAAAAUAUGAGAAUAUGGCAGUCCUUAGUAGUAUGUUUUUAAUUUGGCUGUGAGAAAAACUGACAAUACAAAAUCAGGGAAGCUUUUUAAUUUCUCCUUGGAAUGGAUUGAAACGCAGAAAAAAACUUUAGAAUGCAAAAUAGUAGAAGUUCAAAUAUUUAUCAUGAUUGGCUCUAGAUUUAAUGAGGCUCCCUUAGUUUCACGAUUUAUAUAGAGACUUUGGUCUUUAGCAACUAGAAAUGGCACAUUAUUUUUGCAGAAAUAAGACUGCAACCCAGAUUCCUUAAGGGUGCAAUGAUGAAAACAACUGAAUCCUAAGGUUCAGCAGCUAGACAGAUAUUUGCACUUCACCCCCAAAUUGAAACAAAGCAAAAUGCUCCUGAGGCUUCUUCAUUCCUUGGACUUACGUCCCAAUGAUGUGAUUUUCCUAUUGCAAACAGACAUUCUGGAAGCAACACAUGGCUGGCUCUGCUAUUGAAGUAAGACAUUUAUGGUAGUUCAGCUUCCGAAGGAACAGCUGAUGUCUAUCAGUUGUAUCAGAAAAGAUGAGAGUAACCAAGAUGUCACCUUCGGUCACUUUUGUACGUUAGAAGAGGUGACGUUAAUUUGGAAUAAUCUCCAUCAGGGGCUUCAAUUGGAGAAAUCAAUAAGUUGCCCUUUUAAGGAAAUUAAUUUCAUUAAUCUAGAAACACAUGAAGCUGUGAUCCAAAUUCACUUAUGAAUGGCAUUUUUAAAACAACAUUGUAUAUUCAGUCACUGCCCCACAAUUGCCAUAUUUAUGAAGAACUGAAUUUCAAAGAGGACCCAUUAAAAAAAAAAAUCUUGUUAAAAAUGCAUCCACUCCAAGUUCUAAGUUGCAGUAGGAUUUCAAGGAGCUGCCACUAGAUGGAGAUGGUCAACACGCGCCAAUCCUAGCACUCUGACUGUAUAUUAGCCACUUGCAGCAAUUCCUAUACUCUUUAAAGUAACAAACGCUGUUGAUUAUUUUUUUCUUAAGCCUUUGGUAGCCUAUCCCCAACUUUUGGACCCUGUGCUUUACUCUUAAGAAUUCUUCGUUCUGCCUUGACCCAAAGCCCGUGCUGAUUGGUUGUGAUUUGUAUGUACCCUGUGCAUAAUUCCUAGAGCAGUAAAUCAGUACAUGGGAGGAGGAAGGGCACCUCAGUCAACAGGGGGGCAGUUUAGAUGCUGUGAAAUUAAACCUGUUCUAAGUGUACUUGUUUGAAUUAAUUGUAUUGUAAUAUAUUAUUUGUUGAAUGUAGUAAUUAGGUAUUUAUGAAUAUAUUGCUGUAAUUUCUGACAACAUCCAAAAAAUAAAAUCUUCCUAAAUCA